UUAUAUUCUCCUCUUUAUCUCUUCAAUUUCAUUUUAUUAAUAUGCCCAAUUCUGCCCUUUUUCUUCUUCUCCCUGCACCGAACAAGAAGCAAGCUGCCGGCAGCAGCCCUCCUUUGAAGAAAAACCGGAAAUUCCAGAUCUGCUCUGCUCUGUCUUCACCGCCGGCUACUCUUGAUUGUGGGUGCGAAUUCUCUAAUUUUUGGAUUCCCCCUGAAUUUUUCUGCACUUCCGCCGGCUCUUCCCCAAACCCGCCAGCUCCAGCCUUGCUUGCUGAAAUUUUCUGGUUCUUGAGUGUUCUGUCACCCGAGCACUGGGAUUGAGUCCUUGGUUUGUGCGAGUGAGGAAGCGAAGUCAAGGACAGGGAAAAACGAGGGGAGUGACGAGUUAGAAGACUAGCCACUUGUAAUUUGACAUAGAUUUUAGAUAUAGAUCAUGAUCUUGUAAACUAGAUUUUAAUUGGAGAUUUUAUAAAUUCAUUUAAUGGAU